CACCAUCGGUCCAGCACCAGUAGGGGGAGGAGGAGCGGAUCUCCGGCGAGGUCGAGGGAUGGCGAACGGGGGCGGCUACGGGUGGGCCCUCGCGGCGGGCUUCAACGCUGCGCUCGCCGCCAUCUCCGCCAAGUUCUUCGAGACUCUGCUGCUCAAAUAUGGCAUGGUGAUACUUUUCAACGUGACAAUGUGGGGGUGCUAUGUGAACAGCCUCAAAGCUUUAUCGUCCCUCCAGGCAACAGUCACAAACUUCGCCGCCAACUUCAUCUCAUCGGGUCUUGCAGGGUAUUUUCUGUUUGAUGAGCCCCUGCCUUCUAAGUGGUUUGUGGGUGCCAGUCUUAUCAUUCUUGGCGUCUUUAUCCUCAGCAAAUCAAGCAUCGAGGAGAAACAGAACUUGGAUUAGGAGGAAGUUUCUACCAGUAGUGUUAGUUGUAACAUAAGUUGAGCCUGCUUAUACUUCUUUUAUGUUCCCUUGGGAUGUUUGUCCAUCCCAAUGCAAAACCAAUUUGGACCAUGACUUCAUCAUUCGGUUAAUACAAUGCGUCAAUUUUGUUC